AUGAGCGCGCGAAAUGGCAAGAGGAGCAGAAUCAUAUCCACGGCGGCAAAUUGGUCUGAUCUGCCGAGGGAUCUUCUGUAUCUGAUAUCUCGAUGCAUCGACAAUGAAAUUGAUCUCAUUCGCUUCCGAUCAAUUUGUUCCAAUUGGCGCUCUUCAUCAAUCCCAACUCACCAUACCAACAUUUUACCCUUUAAAUUCCCACUCCUUAAAUAUGUUUUUAGUUCCUAUCGCGAAUCUGAGUCAGACGAUGACUUCUCCGAUUGUAUCAACGACUACAAAUUCUCUGAUUCAAUGAACAUCAACGACACAAACUUUCCAUUUGAAUACCUCUCCAAACGCAGUAUCUUCCUCAUCAAACCACCACAACAACAACAAACAACCCUAACUCGUCCAUGGUUGAUUAGAUUUAUCCAAAACUCUUUUGGAAAAACCAAAAUCUUCCAACCACAAGACACAUUUGAUUCACUUUUCCCUUCUUUUGAUUAUUCCAACGUGCUUGACUUCAACGAAUUAUCAGUCCUUCAUUUAGGAACUGAUUUCAUCAUCGAAGACGAGGAUGACAAACACUCCGAUCCACACUAUCACUACUUGCACCCUAGAACGGUCCUUGCUGUCACGUGCCACGGGAGAAAACCUCUUGUACUCGGGGCAAUGUGUUUUAUUACCCCUCGUCCGAUGCUUUUGCGUGACUAUGAUGAGCGUUGGACGCCGAUCUCCUCGUCAACUUACUAUGGAGACAUCUGUGUGUUCAAAGGGCGGAUUUAUGCAGUCAACAUAUUCGGCCGGACAGUUGUGGUAGGACCAUCGGAGUUGACCGUCCAGUUACCUGCUCAACCUUCCGAUCCUGUGAGCAAUAAACUACUGGUGGAGAGUGAGGGUAAGUUAUUGUUAGUGGAGUUGUGUGAGUCUUUUCCUGAUUUCUUCGGUAUUGAUUUAUUUCAGCUUGAUGAGAAGGAGAUUAAGUGGGUGAGGUUGAUGGAUUUUGAUGAGAAGAAGAAUGAGUGGGUGAAGUUGAGGGAUAUAGGGGAUAGGGUUUUGUUCUUAGGGAGUGGAUGUUCGUUUUCUGCAUAUGCUUCGGAACUGGGUCUUCCCAAAGGAAACUGUGUUGUGUUUUUUGACGAUUCUGUCCUCUGUGUUGGCAAUUUGAAUUGUGGGAAUUGUGUUUUUCACUUGGAUCAAGACCGACUUUCCCCUGCAUCUGAAUAUCCCGAAUAUUUGAACCUGUUCUUGCCACCUGAGUGGAUCCUCAAAAGCUAA